CCGACGUGGGCGGCUUCAAACCAGGAGAUUGCUGCAGAACUAGGCGCUUAUCUUCACUCAGAGUUGGUCCUCCAUACAGCAACACGUUCUCUCUAUCUCUAAACCAUCUCCUGGGUCUAUUUGAUGUUUCCUCACGCGGAGGAACAAAGUCCAUAGACGGCUCUCCUUUUCACAGCAAGUCAGCCAGUUCAGUGCCAUUCUGCAGCACCAUGUUUGUUUCUCUUGUCCUGCUAUGGAUUUGUGUUUGGUUUAUCUUCCUUCAACUCAAACCGCGGCGGCCCAAGAACUUUCCGCCGGGGCCUCCAGUUCUUCCCAUACUGGGGAGUAUUUUGCACAUGAGCCUAGAAAACCCAUUGAAGGACUUUGAGAGGUUGAUGAACACUUACGGAAACAUCUACAGUAUCUACAUUGGUUCCAAACCCGCUGUAGUCAUCAAUGGGUUGAAGGCCAUCAAGGAGGCCAUAGUGAUCAAGGCUGCUGAUUUCGCUGGACGACCCCAAGACCUAUUUGUUAAUGACGUCACACAGAAUAAAGGAGUGAUUCUGGCUGAUUAUGGACCUAGUUGGAGAGAACAUCGUCGCUUUGCUCUGAUGACUUUGAGGAACUUUGGUCUGGGGAAAAACUCAAUGGAGGACAGAAUUCAUGGAGAGAUUGUAUACAUUGUUAAAACACUAGAAGAGAGCAUUGGCAGCCUUCUGAGUCCUCGGGUCAUGUUUCACAACGCGUCCUCCAACAUCAUCUGUAAGGUUCUGUUUGGUACACGCUACGAGUACGACGAUGAGUUCAUCAAAGUGAUUGUUCAGUGCUUCACUGAGAAUGCCAAGCUAGCAAAUGGACCGUGGGCAAUGUUGUAUGACUCUAUGCCCAUAGUUCGAAACCUGCCCCUGCCCUUCCGCAAGGCCUUUAAGAAUGCUGAGGUUUGCCAGGGUUUAACUACUGCUGUACUGGCCGAGCACAAGGAGACCAGAAUCCCUGGACAGCCACGAGACUUUCUUGACUGCUACCUGGACGAACUGGAAAAGAGAGGUGAUGACUCCACAUUUUCAGAGGACCAACUCAUCAUGUACGCUCUAGAUCUUCACUUUGCCGGGACUGACACCACCUCCAACACCCUGCUCACUGGAUUCCUUUACCUAAUGUCGUAUCCCGACAUACAAGAGCGCUGUCAGCAGGAGAUAGACCAUGUGUUGGCGGAUAAAGACCGGGCUACUUUUGAGGACAGACACAACAUGCCUUACGUGCAGGCUGUGAUCCAUGAAGUCCAGAGGAUUGCCAACACUGUUCCACUCAGUGUCUUCCACUGCACCACCAAAGAUGCAGAGCUCAUGGGGUAUUCCAUUCCCAAGGGUACAAUGAUCAUUGAGAACCUGACCUCAGUGCUGAAUGAAGAGGGACAAUGGAAGUUCCCUCACGAAUUCAACCCUGAAAACUUCCUUAAUGACCAGGGCGACUUUGUUAAACCAGACGCCUUCAUGCCUUUCUCUGCAGGCCCUCGGAUGUGUCUCGGAGAGAGUCUGGCUCGUAUGGAGCUCUUCCUCAUCAUUGUGACUCUGCUGAGGAAGUUUAAGUUCGUCUGGCCCGAGGAUGCAGGAAAGCCAGAUUUCACUCCCGUCUAUGGAGUCACUUUGACUCCCAAACCUUAUCACAUGAAGGUUCAACUCAGGGCUGGAAAUAGUGGGUAAAUAGAGAACAGAAACAGAGCAAGAUCAACACAAGUUUCUUUUUUUUUUUUGCCACCGUGUGACAAUAGACAUAAUGAAAUAUGGGGCCUCUUCACACCUUGUGUUAAGAUCCAGUCAAAACUGGUCACUUGCCAUUGGAUUGCUUGGAUCAGAUUUUAAUGCAAGAUCUGAUCAGGCCUUGAAGUUAGAGGAGGGCAUUUAUUGGAGUCAAAAUGUUUGACGAGUAGUCAUUUCUUUCAGUCAUUAAUCUAUUCAUCUAUCAAUGCACAUUUUACCAUAAUAGCUCAAAACAGGACGACCCUGACUGUAGGAUGGACAACACACUCUCAAACACAUACAUGCUUACAAAAAAAAGCCACUUUCACUGGUCACAUUAACAUCGAUGGUGUAUGUGCAACACGAUUCAGAUCAUUCUCAGCAGAGAUCAGUGUAGCUGUUACGUGGAUGUUAAAUGAAUGAUGAGAUGAAAUGCUCCAAAACCUCAAUCAGAAAGUAACAUUUUUGACAUGCACAGUGUGGUUCUGCCCACUGUGGUGCAUAGAAUCAGUCAGAAAUUAAACCGAACCAAACUUUGACAGCACUGUUUCCUUCCCACCUUGAAAGUCGUCACAUUAUUCAUCACAUUAAACAUAUGUAGUGCACACAGAGAGAAACAUUCAUAUCAGUGGUUAUUAACAGCUUCCUGUUCACUGGACCAUAUCUGUUUUACAAAUUCAUUGCAGUCUAUUCUAAUUGCGGCUUUUACAUUAGGUAUUUUUAUUUUGAUUGGGUAGUUAUUGUGAUUAAUAAUAGAAUACUAGGUUCCCUGUAAACAAAUGUGCUCACCUUAUUUAUGACUUUUGACUUGUCACCAAAAAGAACAAAGAAGAUGACUUUAAUCUGGAAUUGUAAAUUGUACUAAAUAUGUCAGAUUAUUGUACAUCUUUGUAUUAACAUGUGAUCUUACCAUAGCUCAUUUUUGUGUAGCUCCCGCAGCAUUUUUAAUCUGGGAGACAAAAGAUAUAUGUAUGUAUUGAAUGUCACUUCAUUUAAUUCAGACAGCUUGGUUUUGUAUCCCAGUGUAUCUUAACCGCUUCUAAAAAAAUUGUAAAUUAAACAAAAGGAACGAAA